GCGCCAUGCCCAAAAGCGAUCGUCAGUCGUCGGCGGAAGCUGAAACGCGCGGCUUCGGGACCACCGCAAACGCAAACGUAUGGCGUAGUAGCCUACGGCGUGACAACGUCGACGCAGGUGUACACAUUUUGCGCGCGCCAAUUAUCGACGAGAGCCGGCGUUUCGGGCUCGCGGUAACGACCCGGCCGCAGGACAACGCUCUGAGAAGGAUUUUUUUUUUCUAUCGCGCAGUGCGUCGUACAUAAAACCGGGAGCGCCGGGAUCCAGAAUAUAGAAAAAGAAUAGGAUCCGCUGUUGAAGGCUAUACACGCUUCGAAGAUUCAUGCAACGUAAUGUUCGUGAUUACCUUCGCGUUUCUCGCCUGAAUGAUCGCUCUUUCUCCAUUCCGUUCACGCCGCUGCAUUUUGACGGCGCAAUGACAGAACGAGGCAAAUCGACAGCGAAGGGCGACCUAGUUGACCCUAGCGCGAAGCCAAAAUUCAUCAAGGAUGUUUUUGCGCAAACCGGCACAAACGCGCUACUGCCCUGCCCAUACUUCAACAGUCCUGGAAUAGUAACAUGGAUCAGGCGAAAAGACAGACAGCUGUUGACAGUGGGUAGGAGCACGCAUUCUAUAGACACGCGUUUCGUUGUCGAGUCUUUAAGCCCUGGAUGGAAUUUAUUGAUUAAGAACGUCAAGCACGAAGAUGCGGGUCUUUACGAGUGUCAGAUUCAGACGGAGCCAGUGCAGCAGCGAUUCGUGCAACUGAAUAUCACGGAGGCGUACGCGGUGAUACCAGGUGGGCCGGAUCUGCACGUGAAGCAGGGCUCCAGCCUGCGUUUGGAGUGUCAGCUGAUGGCGGCCACAGAAUCGCCCGUCUUCGUGUUCUGGUAUCGCGAGGCGCACAUGAUAAAUUACGACAACGAGCCCGGCGCUAGAUUCGACCGUAAGGGAUUCGGCUCCGUGUUCAUUGUGGAGAAGGUGAAGCUCUCGCAUGGCGGGAAUUACACAUGUUCGCCGAGCAACGCCAGGCCGGCUCACAUCGUGAUACAUGUCAUCGAGGAGGAGGAGAAACCGGCGGCUAUGCACGGAGGCGAUCGACAAGAUUCAACGGCGGCUACGUCAAGCAACGCCAUACUAAUUCUUGUGGCUCUCCUAAUUAUUGCGGACCCGCGAGUACGAGUUCGAAUUUUCACAUAGAGGCGCAUCAAGACACGCGCUCGGAAACGGUGAAAAGCCCCUGCAAAUGAGGCGAGAUAUCGCCGACGAGAGCGGAUAUAAAAAAAAAAGAAGAUCGGCUUGACUUUCCGAGCGAAAAGCCGAAAAUAACUAUUCACCGGACUCUAUUAGCGCGUACGGGUUUAAUUGAAACGGGCACGCGGGUUUAGUGCGCGAUGAUGCCAGCGAGCCGCGCGCUUGACUUAAUUGAAAAGCUACGCGAUCCCGAGAAGUACCUCCGAGAGUAAUAAACGAACGAGCGAGCGGGAUGUUCGAGUCCUCGCUCUCGAAUAUGAAUACACUUAUAGCGUGGGAACACCGUCCGCUCGCUCGCUCGCUCGUCCGGCGUGUGCUCGCCCGUAAAACAAUCUAUCGCCGGCGAGAUUAAACCCACUGUUAGAGUCCUCGUCGUCGCCCGCUCGUUCCAAUAUACAUAUUUCCUUCGCCGCGCAAAGUUCACGGCGGGACGGCAAGACGCCGUCGCCGCCGCGCGCGGCUUGUAAAAGUUCGGUUUACGAUUCGCGACGGGGAUAUCUUUUUAUUCUCACCGUUCUGUUGCAACGAGAAGAUUAUUCGUCGGCGCUGUACAGAUAAGUCGGAGGCACGAGGAAAUGAAAGCCGAAGGGAAGAAAUAAGUCGAGUGGAUAAAUGCCGCUUCCGUAGAGAUGCUACGAGUUUAUUAACCCUGAAUCCAUAGCGGAUUACGAUAUAGCUAAUGCGAUGUUUCAUAUUGCCGAUUUUUUUGCAAUAAGAUUUAUUUAAACGGAUUCUAACCGCUUGGAAAUAAAAUAUUUUUUAUUUGACUCGUCUUUAUUUGUUACUGAUCUUACUCUAAGUAUUGAUUUAAAAAUAUAAGCUAAAAAAUGUUUUUUCUGUCCAGGAAUAUAGAGUGGCAAAGUUGCGGGAUUUCACGGAUGUGGGAAGAUAACUAAAAAUAAAGUUAAUCAUUCAUUCGUUUUAAAAUGAUGUCAAUUGAUCUCACAUCAUACUCGAUACAAUAGUCAUUAAUCGCACACGUAAAGUUCGUUUUUAUUAAUAAUCAAACAAGAAUUUAAAAUGUUUUUUUUAAUCUGAUUAAUAGAGAGAAAUAAUUCUAAUAGCUUGAUUGAUUGUGUAAUGAAAUUCUGAAUAAGAUUUUAACAUGUUUAAACAUGUUUAUACAAUAAUUGAAAUAAGACUAACAUGUAAAAGUAAAAAAUUAAAAUAAAUAGUCAUAUCAUUAGAAAUAUUAUUGAACACUAAAAUCCUGCAGUGAGCAUUGGUUCGAAAAAAACUCUAUUUCGAUUAUGUUAAACCGUAUUCUCUUUCAAUUAUAUCUGAUCCAAUAGAUUAAGCUCGCAUUAAAUAAUUAAUUAAAACAUAUAAAUCACGUUUUGUAUAAUUCCCUUUGGAAUAAAGUAUCCGUUACAAAUACUCGUAAAAUGACGCGAACCAGCUCGAGAAUUCGAAAUAGCUAUCGAACGGAGGACGCGGAGCGAGAGACAACGCCGCUGGCGGAAGUAGACGUGGCAGCAGGGAGGAGAGAACGAAUGGAGGUGCGCAGGAAGAGGAAGCUUGUUAACGCCCGAACCGAAAACCGCAACCGGCGCAGCCUGGUCGCCGAUAUUAACGAGCGUUUCAGCUAAUUAUCACGAAAUUAGAGAGUAAAAUGCGGCGACCGCGCGCGCGGAGAACCGAAGCUCCCCCCAAAACGCCUCAAUCGAUAGUCACCAAUCUCGGAAAUGGAUUUCAUCCCGUUGUUCGAGAUGGUUAUAUCCCCGUGGAUUCCGACACUCUCGUGCCGCGCUCGCUUUCUCUCUCUCUCUCUCUCUUUCUCUCUUUCUCUCUUUCUAUGUCUCUCUCUUUCCGUUUCCCUCCGCGUGCCCUCUGCCAUCUGCGUUUCCCUAGCGACCAUUCUGUUCCUUUCUACCUGUCCAAAGCCAACGAGCAAACCACAUUUUGUCUCUCUGAAUGUUCAUUGCUCGGAUGAGAGAGAGAAAAAGAGAGAGAGAGAGAGAAAUUGGUUUGAUAUAUUACAAGAUAUUACGUAGACACACACACACACACACACACAAUAUUUGAUAGAUUUAACUUAAUUACAUGAAUCAUUAAUUCGUUUUAAAAGGGACACUAUUCUUCUUUUGAUUCUCCCCGUAGUUUUCUUUAAUUCUAAAGUGCUAGAUGAAUAAUUUUUACCCAAAUAAUUCAAGUUUAUUAUGGCAGUUUGUAUUACUAAAAUUUUGAUAAUUUGAAGUUAAUGUUUAAUAAGAUCUGUUUCGAUAAAAAUAGUGUUCACUGUUCUAAUAUUUUGCAAUCUAUAAAGAGGAAAAAUAAUUCUUAAAAGUAUUACAAAGAAUACGUCAAAAUAUAUAUUUACAAAAAAUAUCAAGAAGAAAGGUACGCAAGAUUUAAUAAACCGUUCGACUAUUCCAAAGCUCUAUAUGUUUCGUUGUUUCCAAUAAAUUUUAUUAAAUCUAAAGAAAUCUGUUUAAAAUUUACCAAAACCAAAGAAACAUAUGCUUUGAAAUAGUCGAACAGAACUGUUCAUUAAAUCUAAAGAAAUCUUUCUCUCUUGUAUAUAUAAUACAUAAUUUGUCUAGUACGUGCGAAAUUUAUCAAGUUUGACGAGAAGUAAAAUGGCAGCUUGUCUUUUCGAAUGCUACCGUCAUCCCUGUAUACUCGUACCCUCCGCCGUUCUCUAUUCUUAUAUCUCGCGCAUCCUGACCCGGAUUUUUCGCCGGAAAUCAGGCUUUUACCGUGAUCAAAAUUUGUGAAAGACUUAUCUUGGAGAUUUACGGCCGCGCCAAUCUUUCGGCGACAUAACGAGCAUAAAACACGACCGUGCUCAUUAGUUUUGAUGCGUCGCUGCUGGUACCUGCCAGCCACGUCGUCCCUCGUCCUUCCCCCUUUCCCCCCGUUUCCUUCGCCUCUCGCUGCUACUCCUCGUUCUGCUCUGUCUCCAUCAGCGACGACACGCCGAAGUGCUUUAUUUCCCGUGGGCCGUCCACGGCGAAUGGAAGACCCAGCCGAGCUUGACAGGAAAGGCAACACACAAUACACACGCCGCCAUUGUUCUACGGUUAUACGUGUGCGGGCACAAAGUGACGGAGCACGUGCGAUUCAAGAUAUCGAUUCCAAGUUUCGUGUCAGCGCCGGGCGCUGAGGGAAACAAUCAAUUACGCGAUUAUCGAUCCCGAUUGAAUUAUUCGGGAAAUCUCCCAAUCGGUUAUUGCGUUUGUGGAUUUGUCGCGGAAAAAACGCGGAUUUUCUUCAGGUAUUUCACUUGUCACUGAGAAAUAACAGCGAAAAGAUAAUCUUCUCUUCAUACACUACACGGAGAGAAAGGUUUCUUUAAAUUUAAUAAACCGUUUUGUUCGACUAUUCCAAUGCAUAUAUUUCUUUGUUUCUAAUAAAUUUUACUAAAUCUAAAGAAAUGUGUAUAAAAUUUAUUAAAACCAAAGAAAUGGGUGUUUUGGAGUUUUCGAACAAAACUGUUUAUUAAAUCUAAAGAAAGCUUUCUCUCUGUGUGCAAAAGAGAGAGAGAAAGAGGCGCGAACCAGCUCGAAUCGAUUUAAUUAUAAAUUUAAUAUUUGAUUAUAAAUUUAAUAUCGAGUUGGCGCUGAAUAAAGAUUUGGAAGAAUGAAAAUUGCGUUUAUUUCAAUUAUUAUUACGAGUCACGCGCGCAAAACCGUAUAAAUAUGAUAUUUUCAUUCAUCUAAAAAAAAAAAAA